GUUUUUUAAUUGAAUUGUAAUCAAAAUUCUUCCAAUUGUUAUUGAUUCUUUUUAUUAUUAUUAUUAAAUAUAUGGUUUGUUUAAAGUAAGGCAAUUUAUGCAUGUCCUUUUUCUACAAUAUAUCAAAAAUAAAUACUUAAUUGAGAUAUUUGGGUAUUUCUCCUUGGCCCUGCUUUGAGGUUUCGCCAGGAUUCUCUCACAGAGCCGCCUCACACUGUACCCGCAACCCGGUCCACAACCCAUUUUCCCUUUCAUUCCGGUUCAUCUUCUCCAUCACCGGCAGAAGGCGGAAAGUGGAGAACGAAGAUGACUGAAGUCGCGAGCAACGUUGUACACGAAAUCCUAGGCGGACGAGCUCAAGAUGUAGAUCAGCCUAUUAUCGACUAUAUUAUCAAUGUCGUCGCCGAUGAAGAUUUCGAUUUUGGUCACGACGGUGAAGGUGCUUUUGAAGCCCUUGGAGAGCUACUUGUCGAUUCCGGUUGUGUUACUGACUUCUCCGAAUGUCGUGCGGUUUGUAGCAAGUUGUCUGAGAAGUUAGAGAAGCAUGAAUUGGCUAAACCCCAACCGACGGUGAGAAGCUUAAAAAUGCCGCUGAGAAUGUUUGAUGGAAUGGAUGAAGAGGAAGCUCCAAAGAAUAAAAAGCCAGAACCAGUUGAUGGUCCUUUGCUCACAGAACGUGACAAGAUUAAGAUUGAAAGAAGGAAGAGGAAAGAGGAACGCCUGAGAGAGGCAGAAUACCAAGAACACUUGAAAGAAGUGGAGGAAGUGAAAGCUGGUAUGCCUUUAGUGUGUGUGAAUCAUGAUGGUCAGGGUGAUGGACCAACUGUUAAGGAUAUCCGUAUGGAGAACUUCAAUAUAUCUGUCGGUGGUCGUGAACUUAUUGUCGAUGGUUCUGUCACGCUUUCUUUUGGAAGACACUACGGUCUUAUUGGAAGAAACGGUACAGGGAAAACAACUCUCCUGAGGCAUAUGGCUAUGCACGCUAUUGAUGGUAUUCCCAGGAACUGCCAGAUAUUGCAUGUUGAGCAAGAAGUGGUUGGUGAUAAUACCUCAGUUUUGCAAUGUAUUCUUAACACUGAUAUGGAGAGAACCCAACUUCUGGAAGAAGAGGCUCGUCUGCUUGAAUUACAGAGAGUGACCGACUUAGAAGGCGAAUCUGCAAAGAGUGAUAAGUUGAAUGGAGGUAUCGACAAAAAUUCGCAAGCAAAAAGGCUUGAAGAGAUAUACAAAAGACUUGAUUUCAUUGAUGCUUACUCGGCUGAGUCACGUGCAGCAACUAUACUAUCGGGUUUGAGCUUCUCUCCAGAAAUGCAAAAGAGAGCAACCAAAACAUUUUCUGGAGGAUGGAGAAUGAGAAUCGCUCUUGCUCGGGCAUUGUUCAUUGAACCUGAUCUAUUGUUGCUUGAUGAACCCACGAAUCAUCUUGAUCUGCAUGCUGUCUUAUGGCUGGAAAGUUACCUGGUGAAGUGGCCGAAGACAUUUAUAGUUGUGUCUCAUGCUAGAGAGUUCUUGAAUUCUGUAGUCACAGAUAUCAUCCAUCUACAAAAUCAGAAAUUGAGCACCUUUAAAGGAGACUAUGAUACAUUUGAAAGGACACGAGAAGAACAAGUUAAGAAUCAACAGAAAGCAUUCGAGGCAAAUGAACGUACAAGGGCCCACAUGCAGACCUUUAUUGACAAGUUCAGGUACAAUGCAAAGCGUGCAUCUCUUGUUCAGUCUAGAAUUAAGGCACUGGAACGAAUUGGUCGUGUGGAUGAAGUCAUCAAUGAUCCUGACUACAAGUUUGAGUUCCCUUCUCCUGAUGAUAGACCUGGCGCUCCUAUUAUAAGCUUCAGUGACGCAUCCUUUGGAUAUCCUGGGGGACCAAUAUUGUUCAAAAAUUUGAAUUUUGGAAUAGAUUUGGAUAGCAGAGUAGCAAUGGUUGGUCCUAAUGGUAUUGGAAAGUCAACAAUACUUAAGCUUAUUUCUGGGGAGCUUCAACCAACCUCAGGGACUGUUUUCCGCUCUGCUAAGGUCCGUAUUGCUGUAUUUAGUCAGCAUCAUGUUGAUGGGCUGGAUCUGUCCUCAAAUCCCCUCUUAUACAUGAUGCGUUGCUUUCCAGGAGUGCCUGAACAAAAAUUACGUGGUCAUCUAGGUUCAUUUGGUAUAACCGGAAAUCUUGCUCUUCAGCCCAUGUACACUUUAUCUGGUGGCCAAAAAAGCAGAGUUGCAUUUGCAAAGAUAACUUUCAAGAAACCUCACAUAUUGCUUCUUGAUGAGCCGUCAAAUCACUUGGAUCUGGACGCUGUGGAAGCCUUGAUACAAGGUCUUGUCUUGUUCCAAGGAGGCGUCCUGAUGGUCAGUCACGAUGAACAUUUAAUAUCUGGCAGUGUUGAUCAACUCUGGGCUGUCUCUGAGGGCAGAGUGACGCCUUUUGACGGGACAUUCCAAGAUUACAAGAAAAUAUUGCAAUCAUAAACACUUCUGCUGCUUUCUGAAGUGAACGAACUAUAAUUAGUUACUUAUGGCCUAAACCCCUACUUUUAUGCAGAGACCACAUGUUCGAUGUAAAAUUUCGAAACCAAAUUCUGAAGAAUGUUCUAAAACAAAUAGUGAUUUUCUACUCCUACUUGCUUCUAUUUACACUGUCCAAAUUGGACAAAACAUUUUCUCGA